AUGACAUUUGUUCGCCAAAUAAUGAGUGAUCUGGAGCGUCUUCAAGGGGAUCUUGCACAGAGGCCCGUGGCAAGACCGAAUGAUAUCCCACGGGCCCCAGGAGUCGAAGCACUUAUGUCAAAGGGAAGCGUUGAAAUGUCAUUUGAGGGUCAUCUACCAACGGUUCCUAUCCCCGAGGAUAGCCAGAUCUCGGCCAUCCCAACUUCAGAAUCAGCAACUGCUGAGGAAAAUAGGAUUCUGCGUCUCCGCAUGAUGGAAAUAUGGGACGCCUGGGCGAACGGUAAAGAACCACCAAGUGCGAUACCCGGAUUCCCUGAGCUACUUCCCAGGGCGAGCGGAACCACCAAUGUCCCCAUAAGUUAUCCAAAUACCCCACUGGGAUAUCCUACCAUUUCAGCCCACUUUGUUGGAACACCUUCUGAGGCUCGCCCCCAGGUGUUAAUGUCAGGUGCGGCCUCAAAUACAUUCAAUGCGCCACCUUGUUCAGCUACGGCACAACCCACUCUACCCAGGCCUAGCUUCGACCCAUCUUCCUUCAUAUUUCAAGCACCAUCUUUCCCACUGGAACCUACCCAAUUUACUACCAAUGCUUACCCUCAGCCACCUCGGCACCAGUUUACCACGGGGCAAGAGAAAACCACAAAAAACCCUGAACAAGAGGAGAUUACCAGAAAAAUGAGGAGCCUGGAGCAAAGCCUUAAAAACAUAAAGGGUUUGAGCGGACAAAAGAGCAUAUCCUACGCUGACCUGUGUGGAAAAGAGGAGCUCCUCAUGGCUUAUUUUGGAGAGAGCAUAGUCGGUAUUGCUUCUGAAUGGUACAUGGACCAGGAUAUAUCUCGGUGGCAUAUUUGGGACGACCUGGAUCAGGACUUUGUUAGGCAGUUUCAAUAUAACAUCGACAUUGCCCCUGACAGGAAUUCAUUGUCAAAUCUAAAGAAGAAGUCUUUGGAAAGUUUCCGAGAGUAUGCUGUCAAAUGGCGCGAACAAGCGGCCAGAGUCAAACCUUCAAUGGACAAAACAGAGAUGGUUAGUGUUUUUCUUCAAGCCCAAGAGGGUGAUUAUUAUCAAAAUAUGAUGUCUGCGAUGGGGAAUCCGUUUGCCGAGGCCAUCAAAAUUGGUGAAAUGGUCGAGAAUGGUUUAAAAACAGGGCGAAUCUUGAGUCAAUCUGCCAUAAGGGCUACCUCCCAAGCAAUUAAAGGAGGGUCUGGAGGUGUAGCAAACCGAAAGAAGAAGGAAGAAGCGGCAAUGGCAACUUCAAGUGUAAGAAAACCCCGUCCACCUAGACCUUAUUUCUCUGAAAGAACCCCACAACAUUACUAUCCCCGUCAGGACGUGGCCUAUGAUAUGGUUCCUCAGCCAUACGCAGUUAUGAAUGCCCAACCCUAA